AUGAAUAGACCAUAUGCUGAACUAUAUAGACCAAACAUCCAUGGGCAACAAUUGGAAAUGGAAAGAUAUGGAAUGGGUAUAGUUGAAGAUUCUAAUGAUAUGUUUCCAUUUUUGAAUGAUAUCGGUUUAGUGAAUAAAGAAAUUUCUGAAUAUGAAAAUAUCAUUGAUAGGAUUAACAAUCUUCAAAAAAGAAUACUUACUACAGUUCAACUGGAACAAAUCGAUGACUUAAAUCACCAAAUUACAAAUCUUACCCUCAAAAAUAACGAUUUAUCAAAAUCUAUAAAAGAGAAAAUUCAAAUUCUACUAAAUACUGCACAAAACAAUCCAAAUAAAUUGGCACAAGUACAAAGUAUCAAAGUAGAGUUCAAAAAAUCAGUUCAAAGAUACCUAAAAGUAGAGGAAUCUUAUCGCAAAAAAUAUAGAGAAAACCUCAAACGCCAAUUUUCAACAGCUUGUCCGGAUGCCGAUGAAAAAACAGUUGACAAUGUAGCAUCUGAAAUGCUAGAAAAUCGGUCUGGUGGCAGUCAAAUGUUUGCACAGGCACUAGUAAAAAGAGCCGAUCCUGCUCAAGCCCAAGCUGUGAUGGCUGAAGUUCAAGUGCGCCAUGAGAGCAUUCUAAAACUUGCACAAACCAUAGAAGAAUUAGCACAAUUAUUUCAAGAUCUAGAAAAUAUGGUUGCUGAACAGGACUCCAAAGUUUUAGUUGUUGAAAACAAUGUUGAAAUCGCUCAAAAAGAUCUUGAAUAUGGAGUUGGGGAUCUAGGAACUGCUGUCACAACUGCCAAAAAGAUACGACGCAAAAAAUGGAAACUUUUAGGAUUAUUUAUUGCUAUCAUUUUAGUUUUUAGUGCAGCUGUGAUAGGAGGUGUUUGUGGCUCGGGGAAAUGUUCUUCUUCAAAAUAA